GUGCGUAGUGUGGUGGAUUUGUGCCUUCUCUCCAAAUAAAUAACAAAUGUAGGGUUAAUUCUGCUAUCAAUGAGGAAUAUUUCUUCAACUUUAAGGAGAACAAUUCCUUUACCUUCUAGACAUGCAAUCUGUGUUAGUGUACGGGCGGCAGUUUGCCCGCUGCGUCAUGGGUUAUGUCCCGUACGACGCCUCAGUUCACGCCGAGGGUCGGCGGCGGAUGAGACUUGUGACAGCCUCGUGUGGCUACUCCAAAGACUCGGCAACGAACAACAAUAGAGCCGGUCAAGUAUUCAAAAAAGACAUUUUCGGCGACGAUGCUUGCUUUGUUUCAAAGUACAAGAACUAUGAUGUUUUAGGUGUCGCCGAUGGCGUUGGAGGUUGGCGAGACUACGGAAUCGAUCCCUCCCAGUUCCCGGGUCAGCUCAUGAAAGCCUGCGAGAGACUCGUACGACUCGGCAACUUCAAUGCACAAUCUCCAGUAGCAAUCAUAGCAACUAGUUAUAAAGAACUCUUAGAGAGCAAAUCUCCAUCUAUAGGUAGCAGUACAGCUUGUAUAAUAAUAAUCGAUAAUGAGAAGCAGACAUUACACUCAGCCAAUCUAGGAGACUCAGGUUUUCUGGUUGUGCGAGGGGGUAAGGUAGUGCAUCGAUCGGAGGAACAGCAACAUUACUUCAAUACACCCUUCCAGCUAUCUAUAGCGCCACCAGGGUUGAACACAAUUCUUAGUGACAGUCCCGAGUCUGCUUCGAGUUCAAGCGUCCCAAUCAAAGUUGGCGACAUAGUCCUGAUGGCCACUGAUGGCUUGUUUGAUAACAUGCCAGAGAGUCUGAUUCUAAAGGAACUAGCCAAAAUCAAGGAUGAAACCUUAGGUAGUAUGCAAAGUGCGGUCAAUGCGAUUGCAGAGAGGGCGAGGGAGUUUGCGUACGACCCUAACUAUAUGUCACCGUUUGCUGAGCAUGCUAGGGAGAAUGGCAUGGAAUUCUUAGGAGGAAAACCAGAUGACAUCACUGUAAUACUCUCAGCUGUCUGCUAUGCACAUGAAGAGUCAUCAUAGCACACAGCCCAAGGCUACACCCAUAGCUCUAUUUCUUGCUGUGGGCAAUCUAGUUUCCUGUACGCAGUUAUAGCACCUGUACAUGUACAUGUAUGGGGCCAGACUAAAAAUGUACUUUCAACCUCGGUCUGGGCUGUAUACAUUGUACAUUUGCGGGGUUGCAAAGCAAAAUGGCCACUACUGUACAUGAUGAAUGUCUAUUGGCUGCGCACUUUAUCUUCUGUGUGUGAUUUGGCGUGAGGUAUAAAAUGUACAUAAGGAACUCAAGAGAUUCAACAUCAUUAUUUUAUGUAUGUUCUCCCCACAUAUUUAACCAUCUACUGUAUUGGAUUGAGAAGGGUACAGUAUAAAGGACAAUGGGUUGUGCGGUGUACUAAACAUAUUUACCAACAUAACUGAAGCCUUUUGGGUGGAUUCGACUCCCAAACCAAGUAGUAUUUGCAGGAGGUCAGGCUAACCAAAUCAUAGCAGAGUCUUGAGUAUAUACAUUUUGGAUUACUGGAGUCCUUAAGAGCUGUCGUUGAGGUUGGACAGGGCCUGGCCUGUUUUCCACCAGCUUGCAAAACAGACUUACUCCAACGGGCUUACUCCAACAGGACAUUUAUUAUGUUAUGUAAAUGUAAAAAGUGUACUCCAACAAGCUUACUCCGUCGGGGUUCUCCAAACGGGCUUGCCCUAACAGGCUUGCCCCAACACAGGCUUGCCCCAAUAGGCUUCUUUCAACAGGCUUGCCCCAAUAGGCUUGCCCCAAUAGGCUUCUUUCAACAGGCUUUCCCCAAAAGACUUGUCCCAGUAGGCUUGCCCCAGUAGGCUUGCUCCAAUAUGUUUACUCCAACAGACCUUGCUCCAAGUUACUUGCUCAAACAGGCUUUGACCAGCAUACAUGUUUAGUCAAGACUUGUACUCCAACAGACUUAUUCCAACAGGCUUGUGGACCAACCUACUGUACUUGAAUGCUGUUCAGUCUAGUUCCCAACCUCUUGCUCAUCCAAACUGAGCAAACUUACAUGUACAUGUAUAUGAUCCCAUUUGUAACCAACAGUAGAUGAUUACCCGCCUGUUCCUGUAUUAUCCUGUAGGGUAGCCAUUUCCUAAACGGUGACUCCGGCUACAGCUAUGGCUAGUUAGCUACGUCUGCCUAUUCUUCAACACUGGCAGAUACGCUGAUCUAGCCGUAGCUGUAGCCGAAGUCGCCGUUUUGGACACGGCCUGACUUUGUGAAGUGAAUAACAAUCUAGAUAUGCAUGACAUGGUGACCAUUUUGGUGGGUGUGCGUGUAAGUGUGUGAGUAGGAAAAUGGACUGAAUGUGAUGUUUGUUUUCUCAGGUUAUACUAGUCUACACUUUAAUCAGCCUGUAUUUUUUUCCCCUAUGGGGAAGCACUAAUUUAAUGAAGAGGUCUGUACUAGUAGAGGUACAAUCAUAAAUAUAUAUAAUAAAUAGCAUACUAUCGACAUACAUAGCCUUUCACUAAGCUAUUAAGUAAUGGGAGACUUUUGGGGGAUUAAAGUAGGUGGCAGCAGACUGCCCGGGUAAAUCCAUUAUUCAUUUUAUAACAUACACAUGGCCACUCCAGACCAUUGGAAUUAUACCUGAUACAUGUACAUGUACAUGUGUAUGUCUGCUGCAUAGAGUUAUACAUAAGAACUAAUAGAGGGCGCAAAGGCCUAUAUACGCGACCGGGCAUGCGCGCAGACGGCCAUUUUCUAAGUUGACAAAACAGGCAUCUCACAACGUGUGUU